AGUCAACGGAAGCUCGAGAGGUUCAAAAAGACCGUUGUCACUUCCGCGUUGUUAGAAAUCUGAAUCAGACGAGUUUCACCAGACAACGUUUUGUCAGCUGGAGCAUCCCUGCAUCCAGGCAGGAAAAACCAAACAGAACAGAACAGAGUUGUUAUGUCAGCAGAGUCCUCCCUGUUGCCGUUCCUGAACAUUUCCACAUCUUCAUCAUGUCUCUGUACGACAGCCCUCAUCUUUUGCUCGGCAGGAUCCGCUUUUUGAACAAAUGCGUCGAGAGUUUCAAGAGGAGCGAACCGGUGCCUGAAAGUCUGUGUUAUGUCCCCAAAGAGGUGUGCUACAAAAUCUGCAAGGAUUCGUCAUCCUGCUCAUCGGUCUCGGCUGGAGCCUCUACAGGGGGCUCCACCACUGGAAAAACCCUCCUGUCUGUCUUUGAAAGUCCUCAUCAGAUUUCCCACAACAAGAAGGCCUACAAGUACAACAUUGAACCAAAGAAAGGGACAUGCAUCCGGACUACAGGAGAGGAAUACUGCAACAGCCAGGGUCUUUGGGUCAAGAUGAAUAAGGAGCAGCUGGAGGAGCAUCAUCCCAGCCAGGAGCUGGAGGAAGGCUGGAUCCUGGUUUGUAAACACACAGAAGGAGGGGACAGGUUGGUUCCCGUGGAGUCCCCAGAGACCAUAAACAGGCAGCAGCAGCUCUUCGGCUAUGACCACAAACCCUGCACCAGAUGGGAGCAGGUGGUUGAUGUGGAUAGCGCAGUCUACAUCGGCUCCAAACCCAAAAUUGCAGAUUGUGAUGCCGCCGCUGUCGAAAAGUUAAGGUAUGUUCCUCCAACAUGGACGUAUGAAUGUGAUGAGGACCUGGUUCACUACUUCUACGACCACAUAGGAAGAGAAGACGAGAACCUGGGGAGUGUGAAGCAGUGUGUGACCAGCAUCGAUGUGUCUUCAUGUUCAGAGGAUCCGAGUGGGGGGGCGAGCUGUCUAACGGAUGGAGACAGGGACACUUACUGGGAGAGUGAUGGGAUGCAGGGGCAGCACUGGAUCCGACUGCACAUGAAGAGAGGAACUGUGGUCAAUAAACUGAUUUUGACCGUGGACUCGACAGACGACAACUACAUGCCGAAGAGAGUCACCGUUUAUGGAGGAGAAGGAGACAAUCUGAAGAAGCUGAGUGACGUCACCAUAGACGACAAUCUGAUAGGAGAGGUGUGUGUCCUGGAGGAUAUGACCUUUCACCUGCCUGUUAUUGAAGUUCGAAUUGAAGAAUGUAGAGAUGAGGGUAUUGACGUACGGAUUCGAGGUCUAAAAAUCAAGUCCUCGUGUGAGAGGGACCUGGGUCUGAACGCUGAUGUUUUUCAGUCCUCUAACCUGGUGCGAUACCCGCGUCUGCAGGGCACCCCGCCUGACGUCCUGUACCGCAGAGCGAUCGUUCUCCAGAGGUUCAUCGUCCUUCUGGACAAUGUGCUGCCUCACCUGGUACCAGCCUGGGACUACAGCCUGGGAACGUUCAACCAGGUUAAAAGCAUAAAGCAGUUCCUUCUGCUGUCCAAACGUCGCUCCGCCCUCAUCACUCAGUGCCUGAAAGACUCAGAGACCAGUAAACCAAACUUUAUGCCUCGACUCUACAUCAACAGGCGUCUGGCCAUGGAGCACAGAGAUAACCCGUCUCUCGACCCCAGCUGCAGGAACGCAGUGUUCAGUCAGGUGUAUGAGGGCCUCAAACCGUCUGACAAGGUUGAAAAGACUUUGGACUACAGAUGGCCCUCCCGUUAUGAUCAGUGGUGGGAGUGCAAGUUCAUCGCAGAGGGAAUCAUCGACCAGGGAGGAGGAUUUCGGGACAGCCUGGCAGACAUGUCGGAGGAGCUUUGCCCCUGCUCAGCCGAGUGUCCUGUGCCUUUGCCGUUCUUCACCAGAACCUCCAAUCAGGGUGCUUUAGAGGCCAGAGAUUACUACGUCCCCAACCCGUCCUGUAAAGACUUCCAAAGAUACGAGUGGAUUGGUCAGCUAAUGGGAGCUGCUCUCAGAGGGAAGGACUUCCUGGUUUUGGCUCUGCCAGGGUUGGUGUGGAAACAGCUGACGGGAGAGGCCGUCAGCUGGAAGAAAGACUUUCCUGCUGUCGACUCGGUGCUGGUGAACUUGCUGGAAGCCAUGGAGAACAUGGACAAGGAUACCUUUGAGUUCAGGUUUGGCGAGGAGCUGGUCUUCACAACCCCACUGAUCGACGGCCAGAUCACCGAGCUCGUCCCCAGCGGCAGCAAUGUCUCCGUUCGAUACGAGGACCGGAAGGAGUUCAUCCGCCUGGUGCAGAAGGUUCGGCUGGAGGAGAGCAAGCAGCAGAUUGCAGCCAUGCAGGCAGGGCUGCUGAAGGUGGUUCCUCAGGGUGUUCUGGACCUUCUUACAUGGCAGGAAGUGGAAAAGAAAGUGUGUGGGGACCCAGAGAUUACUGUGGAAGCUCUUAAACGCCUCACACGUUUUGAAGACUUGGAGCAAAGUGAUGUCAGAGUGCAGCACUUAUGGGAGGCUCUAGCAAACUUCACCAACGAGGAUCGCAGCAGGUUUCUGAGGUUUGUAACUGGUAGAAGUCGACUUCCUGCACCGAUCUACAUCUUUCCAGACAAACAAGGCACUGAAACAACUGAUGCUCUUCCUCAAUCUUCCACAUGUUCCAGCAUCCUUUAUUUACCCAACUAUCCAAGUGCAAAGGUUUGCGAGGAGAAGCUACGAUACGCGGCUUACAACUGUGUGGCUAUCGACACCGACAUGAGCCCCUGGGAGGAGUGAUCUCUCAGCUGCUUCACCAAAUGCUGCAUGUUCACAACAAAAAAUCACAACCUGUCAAGAGAAAUUUCACCAAAUCCUCACAACUGUCUGUUAGCAUUUGCUUUAUGUGUUUAAGGACGUAUGUAGAAACAUGAAGUGACUGAUUGAGACUUUUGUUUAUUUGAAUAAAAGCAAACG